AUGAAUUCAUUCCAGCACCACAACUACAACACGAUGAGGUCUGCUAUCUUGCAUGGAAAUUAUGAACAGGGACUGGGGGACUGGAAACAAGGCUCACAGAAGCCAUUGGAAAACGGAUCUGCCUCCUUUCUCUCCGGCAGGCUACACGAGUGAAUUAACUCAGUCACUCAAGGAGACGGUGUGUUGUGAGAGAUGCUGGAAGAUUUUCAGACUGGAAAAAACUCACGGUGUUACAUGUCUCGACAGAGACAGUAAACAGACACUCUCCUCUUUCAUAUCAAUGACGUUUUAACUCUGUGAGCACAGCUUGAUACCCCGCUUUGCUAAUGUCCCGUCGGUUGACAGCUGCCAUGGUGAAAUAGAGGAGACGGAGGGAGAAACAGACAGAAAUGUAACCAUGUUCGUUGAUUUCAGCAUCUUCAUAGGCUUUCUCAACAGGGACAUCAUCUCAAAAUGGCUUCUGAGGUCUGCAGCACAUUCCUAGAUCAUGUAUUCCUCCAUGUAUAUAUAUAGUCCUAUCUGGAUCUAUCUAACCUGGUUACAACCGAUCCUUGUCAUCUAUUGGUCAGGCAUCGCCCGGGUAAAAUGAACAGCGAUUCUUAUUGGUUCAAAACAACGCCAGUCAUUUUCAACAUCUGCAACAUGAAGUGUUUACGACGUCCUUUGUUUUAUUAACGUGUAUUGCGCAGUUAUAAUGACCCGAGUAGAGGGUGCUUUUAAAGACAAAUCUGCUGAAGCCAUUUAUCUUUAUUCCUACCAACGGAUUUAUUUCUUUGGUUUUUUUUUCGCUCACGGACCCACGCGCGCGGAUGAAGUCGACUUCACGCACCCGUGCAGUUCAUGUCAUUGACCACCAGGUGUAGCUCUGACUCUACAAAGCAAACCCUAAAUUAAUAGCUUGUAAAACGGGUAACAUCAAACCAAUAAACAUAAUCUAUGUCCGGUAGUUGGGUACAUUUUCAGUCAAUGGACUUAAAAUUCUCUCUCAAUGUUUGUUAGUAUCUUGGCCUAUAGUGAAAGACACGGAUAUGGUUAACUGUUAGGCUUAACUGUAUCAGAUUGAUAAUAGGGUUUCAGAUUUGUCUAACCGUCUUUGUCACUCAAUAACGUCGUGUUAAAAUCCUCAUGAUAUUGCAAAGAAUAUAUUAUUUGGAAGAAAGCCUGUCAUUUGAGUUUGUAAGAGAAAUGAAACUCACAUUUUUACCCUUAGUGGCCGAUUAAACUAUUAAAACAAUAAAGUUAAUAUUCCAAUCUGAGCUAUACAGCCGACUACAGUGAUACACUAUCAUUGACAGCAACAGAGAGAUGUAAGGACAAAACCGUACAAUGUUUGGGAGUAUCUCGGUGGGAGGGAUUCCUUCUGCAGGAAACCUAGGUGGCGUGCAGAGCUCCUAGGCUGAACUUUUCCAGAGCGCAGAUAAAGAGACGGGAGCGCAUCUCUGUCUCAGACACCUGAUGAGCAUCCCACAAACUCUGGAAACCAGCUGGGGACCGAAUUUCCCGAGAGAGCACUGAUUUGGGGAUUUUAUCGAGGCUCUAUCAAGUUUGGAAAACAACAGCAAAGGAGAAUUACUGUUAUAAAAGUAAGCUACAGUAAUAAUUUGCACUCGGAGAUGGCACUCACUUUUCGACGCAGGUGUUUUCUGCUAUUGCUGUGUUUGACAGCUAUCCAGAGUGGUCAUGCUUCGGUUCAGACAUGCAUGGAUAAGCACCAGGUGGUCGGGGUGCUCCGUCAGAUGGAGAAGUUUCUGAAAGGCCAGGAGAUGAGAUUCACGGAGGGCCUCAGGAUCAUGAAGUCAAAGCUGGCGACGCUUCAGAACUCGGUCUCCAAGUUACCUCAAGCUGACCAGUCAGCUGCUCCCACCACCUGCCCCUCUCUGGAAGCCCCUGCUCACGGAACCAAGUUUGGCUCAAAGUACUUUGUCGGACAUGAGGUCCAUUUCACUUGCUCCCAGGGAUACCUUCUUGUUGGCUCUGCUACCCGGGCCUGCCGGGAUAACGGCACCUGGACGGGGAUCAGUGCUAUCUGUAAAGAUAUAAGUGAGUGUGAAAGUAAUCCCUGCCAAAAUGGAGGUACCUGCAUUGAAGGUGUUAACCAAUACAAAUGCACCUGCCCCCAGAACUGGAGUGGCUCUCACUGUCAGCACCAAACACAGACAGCACCCCCUGAGUGGAGCGUCAUGAACGAUCCAGCAUUCAGCCGGAGACCUCGCUGUGCCCAAGUGAACCAAGCCCAACACUGCAGCUGUGAUGCAGGCUUCCACAUGAGUGGCACCUCUGACAACAGUAUCUGUCAGGAUGUAAACGAGUGUGAAGUGUACCGGUUGGACCAAGGAGGGAAGCUGUGCGUCCACGAGUGCGUGAAUGUCCCGGGCUCGUACCACUGCUCCUGCCCCAGUGGCUACAAGUUGCUCGCAGACGGGCGGAGCUGUGAGGAUGUGGACGAGUGUUUAAGCCAGCAGCACAACUGUAGCCGAGGGACAACUUGUAUCAACAUGGGGGGAGGCUUUCAGUGUGUCAACCCAGAGUGUCCCCGUUCUCAUGGCAACAUCAGCUACGUAAAGACAUCUCCUUUUCAGUGUGAGAGAAACCCCUGCCCCAUGGACAGCCGCUCCUGCCACCUGGCUCCUAAGACCGUGUCCUUCCACUACCUGUCUCUGAGCUCCAACCUGCAGACUCCUGCAACACUUUUCCGUAUGGCGACUGCCUCCGCCCCAGGUCGCACCGGGCCGGACAGCCUGCGCUUCGGCAUAGUGGGCGGAAAUUCCAGAGGUAUCUUUGCCAUGCAGCGUUCAGACAGGCAGACCGGUGAGCUGAUCCUGGUCCAGCAGCUGCGUGGGCCGCAGGAGAUCAGCAUAGACGUGGACAUGUCUGAGUACAGUGACCGCACCUUUCAGGCCAAGCAUGUGGCCAAGGUGAACGUUAUGGUUUCACCUUACAACUUCUGAGAGAGAGCUUGAGACGAAGGAAGACGAGAGAGGUAGAGAUGAAGAAGAACACGGAACAGUGUAAUGCAAACUGAGUUUCCUGGGACUGUUUCUUUAUCCCCUAUCAGUAAUUCAUUUGUCUGAGUAGCCAGUUGCAGGACAACACUUGUUCAGUGGCCAGUGUCCCACAAUAGUGAGAGGGACAGGUAUGGAGGCCCGUGUGGUUAUGACUUAAGAACAGGUGAAAAAGGAGUCGCAAAUUUAAUCUUUCCACGUUAAUCCUUCUAUGUUGUACUUUUUCUUAAGUGUUAGUUGUUGCAAUACUCACCUGGCAACCAGAGACUGACAUGCACCACUACCCUAAGUUUGGUAAAAUUACCUGUGUGCCUUGUGAGUUUAAAACACACAUUUAUGUUUCUGAUCUUUAGAGUUUGUGGAUACAUUUUAAACUCUCUCUACAAGAAGACAUCAUUGUUUUAGUCCAAUUUGGAACAAGUUUUGCACAUCAGAACCUUGUGUCCUGAAAAUAAGUAUUUCACCUGCCAAUGCUUUUUUUCACCGGUUGCACAGAUGAAAAAAAAAGUUCAACAAAUACAUACACUGUAAAACCUCGAAACCUUGCCAAGCAUAUUGGUCUAACUUCUAGUUUUUUUAAAAAAACUUCUUAUUUUCAUUUGUAUCUCAGAUAAAUGUCACAAUACUUUGAGCUGCUGUGGCAUUUGUAAAAGAUGGAUCAUGUUGUUUCAAGAAAUAAAUCUUAUUUGAUUUUAGAAAACCCAUUUUUAAACUUAACUCCAGAAAACAGAAAACAGUUACGCAUUUCUUGUUUGUUUUUUUACACAACAUUUCCUGAUUCUGGUCAAAUAUAGUUCAAAAUAAGUUUUCCCAGCUAAUUACAAUAUCUACUUUAUCUACAGAUCCCAUCUCAUUUCAAGUGGUACCAAGCAAAUGUUCACUUCACGAUUUUUGAACUUAUUACAAACGCAAACACCUUGCUUUCAUUACUUCUUUACUUGAUUGAGGAGCAGCGAUUAUUCCAGUGUAGAUACUUUUUUCACCUCUUCUAAAGUCAUUACCACAGCAACACCAACAUUUCUUUUUAUAACUUGCCUCUCAGGGCCUCCCUAGACAAGCCAAUAUUUAACAGUUAUAUUAUGAAUAACAAUAUAUGGCAGAACACAUCAUAGAUGCAUCUUAGUGUCAGUAAGAUCUUCGACUGAAGACGUUUGUCUGAGUGUGUUUGAAUGGAUGAAAACUAGCUAAUCAGAAGCGUAAUGAAUGGGUUGGAGGGAUGCAAGACUGUUUUUUGAGAUCGCUGUUGCUUUAUGUUGGUCUUUUUUUAAUGUCUAUCAAAGAACAUGUCUGUGUAGCUCAGGGUCUGGCCCCGGGGCUGAUGCACUGCCCUCGCUUUGUUAAUGAUAAAUCCCUAUGAGACAUUAGUGCUCCUGAGGCUCUAAUUUAUUGGAAAUAUUAUUGGUUUUUACAUUGUGACAUACUGUACGCCACAUGUUUAUCUUCCAUCGCAUACUGUAUAUUUGUUGUUUUUUGUACUAGCUUUUCUUGUUUAAGGUACCUUCCGUUAUACUGAGAGUUUUUCUUUUAAAACAGUUGAUUCAAUUCUGUACUUGGGCUUAUUUUCUGUAUUACUAAUUUUCUGAAUGUAACCCAGAAAUCAUUAUAUUUUAAAUCACAGAUGAUUUGGCAAGCUUGGCAAAUGCACUACACAAUUUAUGUGGAAUUUUAAUUGUCUCUGCAUAACUGAAAUAAAGUCAGUCUAACAUUUCAGUUUUUGUUAGAUCUACCUCACUU